ACCAAAAUCACAUCCUUCUUUUCCUCCAGUGCUCGCUCCCUUCUUUCUCCUUGUCACUCCAGGCUGAGAUCAACAGGAUGCUGUGCCUCGGCUCCCUGUCCACCCUCCUCCUCCUGCUUCUCCUCUACCCCCCUCCGGUGUCUGCCCAGGAGGUGCUUGUACGUCUGGCAGGCGUAGGCCGUCGCAAUGCCAACGAGGGACGUGUAGAGGUGUUCUACAAUGGCGCAUGGGGCACAGUGUGUGACGACGAGGUCGAUCUUAAUAUGGCCAAUGUGGUGUGCCGUCAGCUGGGCUUCCAACGCGGCUUGACCUGGGCACACAGUGCCAAGUUUGGCCAGGGUCAAGGUUUGAUCUGGUUGGACAAUGUGCGCUGUACGGGCACAGAGCUCUCCAUUGCUAACUGUCGCUCCAAUGGUUGGGGAAUCAAUGACUGCACCCACGCUGAGGACCUGGGGGUCAUUUGCAGCCCAGAAAGAAUACCUGGCUCCCCCGCUGUCGCCGUGGAGGAGGCUCCUUCAUCCUCCAGGCACCAGCCAAACCAGCCAGGACAGAGAAACCCACCACCGCUGCCACAGUCUGUGCCACCCCCAGCCCACAUCUCCUCAUCUUCUGCGAGAGGCCAUGAGAUCGCCCUCCAUCGCAACCCAACUUCUUCCCGUCGCAGCAUCAUCUCCCCGCAAGAAAAUGGCCACGAGAUCCAGAUCUUGCGACGGAAUCGAGGUGGUUCCAGAGCAAGCCCGCAGGUCAGCCCGGCUCUGCCACAAGGGCACCAGCUACUUUCACGUCUGGCAAACGGCGCAGCCUACAGGCAGAGACAGGACACAGCCGUGAGACAAGAGGCAGAGGGACGGACGAACAGGCAGUCCCAACCCCAGUCUGAGCGGAGGAGUGACAGGCAUCAGCAGCUCAGUGGGAACCAUGUCGAACCAGAUUUGGAACUGGAGACUGAUGUGCACUACACACAGGGUUCUGAUAGGGUUCACUUAGAGGAGGCUCGACUACGGCCUGUGCUGUCCAGCAACCAUGGCGGUCUGGUGACGGAGGGAGUGCUGGAAGUGAAGCAUGCUGGGAGGUGGCGUCAUGUGUGUAACCAGGGCUGGGACCUCAGCAGCAGCCGUGUCGUCUGUGGCAUGUUAGGAUUCCCGGCUGCAGAAGUGUUUGACCAAAACGCCUACAGGAAACUGUGGGACUCCAAGUUAGCUGAUCCCUCCUCCAGGCUGAGGACGCAGAUCAGUAAGAAGGCCUACUGGGUGGAGAAGGUGCAGUGUCACGGCAGGGAGGUCUCUCUUUCACAGUGCCAGGCCCAGCUGUCCCUCCCCAGGAGUGAUGUCCCGUGCCGCGAUGGCAUGCACGCUGUGGUCCGCUGUGUCCCUGGGUCCCAGUUCACACGUUAUGGCAGAGCACCUGCACCGCCCGCCGUGACGCCCGUUGUGCGCCUCAAGGCGGGGCCCCGGCUCGGGGAGGGCCGUGUUGAGGUGCUGAGGGAGGGGAAGUGGGGUACCGUGUGUGACCACCUGUGGGACAUGGCUGCAGCCAGCGUGGUCUGCAGAGAGCUGGGCUUUGGGACGGCCAAAGAGGCGCUCACCAAAGCUCACCUGGGACAGGGUACCGGCCCCAUCCACAUGAACAGCGUGCAGUGUACAGGCAGGGAGAAGUCGAUUACAGAGUGUACCUACAGACAGGUGCCGCUUUACAGCUGCAAACACAACCAGGAUGUAGCGGUCCGCUGCAACGUUCCCAACACUGGCAUGCAGGCCACGGUGCGUCUGGCAGGAGGCAGAGAACCAUCAGAGGGCCGUGUGGAGGUGCUGAUGGAGGCCGGAGGGGUGAGGCGUUGGGGCUCCAUCUGCAGUGAGAACUGGGGCAUCAACGAGGCCAUGGUGGUCUGUCGACAGCUGGGUUUGGGCUUUGCUUCAAGUGCUCAUCAGGAGACCUGGUACUGGCCUGGUUCUUCAGAUGCUGGUGAGGUGGUUUUGAGUGGAACGCACUGUAUCGGCACUGAGAUGUCUGUCCAGCAGUGUCGCAGAAACACAAAUGUGUACUGUCCCAGAGGAGGAGAUGGCAGAGCUGCAGGAGUCACAUGUGUAGAAACCGCUCCUGACCUUGUCCUGGAUGCUCAGCUCGUCCAGGAGACAGCCUACCUGGAGGACCGACCCCUCCACCUGCUGUCCUGCGCUAAUGAGGAGAACUGCCUGUCUUCCUCUGCCGCCAGGAUGAACUGGCCCUACGGACACCGCCGCCUGCUGCGCUUCUCCUCCCGUAUCAUGAACAUGGGCCGCGCCGACUUCCGACCCCGAGCCACCAGAGAAAGUUGGACAUGGCACCAGUGUCAUAGGCACUACCACAGCAUUGAGGUGUUCACCCAUUAUGACCUGCUGACGCUCAAUGGGACCAAGGUGGCGGAGGGUCACAAGGCCAGCUUCUGUCUGGAGGACACCUACUGCCCUGAAGGUAUCCAUAAGCGGUAUGCUUGCUAUAACAUGGGACAGCAGGGUAUUUCAGUUGGCUGCUGGGACACCUACCGCCACGAUAUUGACUGCCAGUGGGUCGACAUCACAGACAUACGGCCUGGCGAAUACAUCUUCCAGGUGGAGGUCAACCCUACCUUAGACAUGGCCGAAUCUGAUUUCCAAAACAACGUGAUGCGCUGUCGGUGCAAGUAUGAUGGAGAACGAGUUUACAUGUUUGGAUGCCAUGCAGGUGAUGCUUACAGCGCCGAGGUGGAGGACUUGUUUGACCACCAACGUCAGAUCUCCAACAACUUCCUGUGAAUUAAGGAACACGCAGAUUUAAGGACAGAACAACUGUACAACUUUUCACCACACCUCAACAUGUCAGGGGAAAGAGGUUGAAUGACAAUGACAUGCCAGUAGAUAGAAAGAAGAGGGUCAGAGGGAGGAGGGUGGGAAACUGGGAUGGUAUGGGAGGGACUUCAUGCAAAAUGACUAAUUAGGAUCCCGUAACCUGACAGAAAAAGACUAAAGUAAACCAUCACAAGCAUCAUGUCACCAUGAUAAAACAUAGAGUAGCUCACAAUUUUAAAAGUGUGUCCUGACUUUUGUAACAAAUGUAAUUCCCUUGAUCAAAACUUAACCACAGUUAAGAAAGUAAUGACAUGAAGGCACAAUGAGACCAACACAUCCUUUAAUCUUACAGUACACCACCAGGCUGUCGUUCAUAUAAAAUCAACCCAGGUAACAGACUGUCUACAAAACUCUGUACAUGCUUCCUGUGCUUUCACUGUUGACAUUACUAAUGCAGUAUUUACUGUUACAACUGUGUGGUUUUUGGUUUGAAUGAGAAUUGUUUUUUUUAUUUCAUGGUGCUAUUUUGCCUUUUGAAUAAAUAUUGUAAUGUAUUGCAAAUGUAUUGUCAUGUACAGUUUUAUAUUACCUCUCUGGAAUAUUGUUCUUUAGAUCUCUAAUUUAUGCAGAAAUUUAAUGUACUUUUGAGUUGAACCUUGUCCCUGUGUGGCUGUGUUAUGUAUUGUUUAUUUUAUGAUGACAAAUAUUUUCACUUGUUUGUUUUUCACCUGUUCAGCAUCGGAAACAUCAGAUGAGAUGUGGUUGUACCACGGUAUUGCGCCUUUAACAGUACUUGGUAAUGGUAGUUAAAGAAUAAACGUCAAAUUGACAAACUAUGGUUA